CUCUUGGUGGAGGAAUGCUUGUCACCUACUCCUUUUAGUUUCCACUCUUUUCCUCAACUUCUUCACAACUCUUUCCAGUUUCCCCUAUAGAAAAAGAAAAAUCCACAAGUCACAAUCUUUUUUCACAAAGAAGGAAAAAUCCCUCUGUUUCUUUUGCUCUGUUUUCAAGUUAAUGGAGAAGCACAAGUGCAAAUUGUGCUUCAAAAGCUUCUCUAACGGUAGAGCUUUGGGCGGCCACAUGAGGUCUCAUUUGUUGAAGCUUCCAGUUCCUCCAAAACUAGAAGAUCAAUCCCCACAUAUUGAAGUUAGUGAAGACACUGAAUCAAUUUCAUCUUCAGAAGAAGAAGCAGAAGAAGGACAAGGUGAGGAAGAAGAGGAGGAGGAGGAAGAGGAAGAAGAAAAGGGUGUUCUUUAUGGGCUCAGAGAGAACCCCAAAAGAAGUGUUCGAUUGGUUGAUCCUGAGUUCUGUUUUGCUGCGGCUGAUGCUGGUUCUGUUGUUCUUCAAGAUAGAGAAAGUGAGACCGAGUCAUCAAAGAACCUAACAAGAAGACGAUCCAAGAGAACUUACAGAUUGUUAGAGAAUCAUCACCAUCAAUAUCAUCAGCAAAGACCAACGCAAGAGCAAGAGAACAACAACAUAGUAAAGAAGCUUGAACUCAAGAAAAUGGGUACUUUUAAGGCAGCAGCUGAGUCAUCAUCGGGUCAAGAACCUGAACCGGUGAGUUCAAUUUCUGACACUACAACAGAAGAAGAUGUCGCUUUCUGUCUUAUGAUGCUUUCAAGAGACAGAUGGAAGAGAAAAGAACAAGAGAAUCAAGAAGAAGAUCGGGAACUUGAAGAGGAAGUAGAAACUGAAACAGAUGAUUCUGGUGAGUUCAAAUCUUGCAAGACAAAAGUAAGAGGGAAGUACAAAUGUGAAACAUGCAACAAAGUGUUUAAAUCUUAUCAAGCUUUAGGUGGGCAUAGAGCAAGUCACAAGAAACUCAAAGUUUAUACACCAAGUAAAGAACCAAACUUGGAGCCAACAGAAAAUGCAGGUGCUUCUACUUCUCUGCCAGAGAAGAAAAUCCAUGGAUGUCCAUUUUGUUUUAGAGUAUUUUCAUCUGGGCAAGCUCUUGGUGGCCACAAAAGAUCUCAUGUAAUUGGUGUAGCAGCUUCUUCAAGUACUCCUGCAAGAAGUUCCACAAAGUUUGGAGACAAUAACUUGGGUUUGAUAGAUCUUAAUCUUCCUGCUCCAGUUGAUGAUGAUGAUAUUAGCCAAGCUGAUAAGCUCUCUGCUGUGUCUGAUGCAGAAUUUGUUAGCUACAUCAAACGAUCUGCUAAGCUAUUCCAGAGAGGGUGGGACUGAGGAGGGAGAUAGCACUUAGUUAAUGACUUGAAUAGCCUUGAACCUGCAUCUGAUUUACAUUUAAUAACUCUCCUAAUGUUGGUCCUUGGAAAUCUGAAAAGCUGAUUGAGAAAAAAAAAAAAAGUUAAAAAAUCCCUCUGUUUUUUUUUUCUUUUUCUUACGCAAGGAAUAAAUAACUUGUUUUGUUUAGGGUCGGCCUGGCCACAGUGUCGAGCCGGCUCACGAAUUUCUUUUAUUACAAAUUCAUUGAAUUUGUAAUAAAUGAAAAAUUAAGUAUAAUAUUUAUUCUUUUUAGUUUUUUU